AUGUCAACAGUCACAGUCCCAGACCUAUCGUUAGUGAUUCGUGCUGAGGCGUCGGCACCUCUCGCGUUGAAGUACCAGUACACACCGCUGCCCAUCAAAGGCUGGACACGAAUCAUAAGACUUCAUCCUGGAUCGGCCAACGACCGACUUUCAUGCAGCCUGGAAGCUCGAAAGAUCCAUGAUGCUGCCGCCCCGUCCUCAUUUGAAGCAUUGUCUUAUGUCUGGGGUGUCGGCGAUGUAGACGCAGUUGAAAUGGAUUGCGACGGUCGAGUCAUGCGCAUUGGAGAGAAUCUAGCCUGUGCACUGAAGCAUAUACGCCAGCGGAACGAGAUCAGGUAUCUCUGGGCGGACGCCGUAUGUAUCGACCAGGAGAACAUAGAGGAGCGAUCGAGCCAAGUGCAGCAAAUGAGUGAGAUAUAUUCCAGCGCGGACCGCGUCACUAUCUGGAUUGGACCAGAUCUUAGGGAUGAAGCGAAAGAGUGCUUCACGUUGAUCAGGGACACAACCACCAUUCUUGCUGACUUGAUCGCCGAAUACGGAGGCGUCAGUCUUUUCCCCACCAUCACGCCGGAAAGCGGUCGUAUUUGUUCAGACACCCAGCAAUGGGAAAUGGUGCAGAGACUGAUGGACACUGAAUGGUUUAGCAGGGUGUGGGUGCUACAAGAAAUCGGCCUGGCUAGAUCAGGAGUCGUACUUUAUGGGAACUCCUCAUUGAAUUGGGCCUACCUCGUGGAGCUGAUGCUGAUUGUGGCAUCCCGUCCCGACGUAUCCUCACAUGUUGGAAAUAUCAAGUCUGGCAUGAUCUGGGAUUUUUACGAAGACCUGUGGCGGUCCUAUGGCAAUCCCAGCUCUUGGAGGAACGAACUGCCAAUGACCCGAUCGCUGAACGACAAUCAAGGCCAAGCAAGCUUCAUCAACAUACUAAACGACUCACGGGGUUACAAAGCCACCGACCAAAGAGAUCGUGUGUAUGCUUUUCUGGGCCAUCCAAGUGCCGGGUGUGAACCUUUGGCGCAGACGAGACUUCUGGUCCCCGAUUACAGCUUAUCUGUCGAUCAAGUCUACUUGGACAUCGCGAGACGCAUCCUGGACACUGAUUCAAACCCAUGGACGGUGCUGACAUGUGUGGACCAUACCCAAGGCUCUCCGUCGCUUUCCGGUCGACGUCCUUCUUGGGUUCCCCGUUGGGACGAAGGUUGGCGGGUCUACUGGCUCGGCUACACAGAUAUGUGGUAUCGAGCGGGUGGGACCAACUCGAAUGCCUUUCGGUCUGAAGUUUCACCAGCGGGAUCUUCGUUGAUCCUGUAUGGCAUUAUAGUGGAUUCCAUCAGUUGGACCUCUCGACCAUUCGACUCCGACGAACUCCGACUUGAACCGCAGAAGGCGAAGGCGCCUCUGCAGCAGCUCUGGUGGGAGCUCCAGAAGCAUGACGAUAACAACACAAUAUAUGGUUCGAGCACUCAAGACCAAGAAUAUGCAUUCAGCCUCACUCUUGCCGCAGGUCGCGGCGCAGAUGAAGGGCCUUCGGAAGAUGAUCCCGAUCACCACCGUGCUGUCUACCAGGCGUAUAAAAUGCUGCUCGGUGGCACGGAUACCGACCAGAGACCUGCAUCCAAAGAGGACAUACGAGAUAACAAUGUUCAGCGCAAGGAAGACGAGCAGAACUCAAUCAAACUGGAAGCACUGACUUACGGCGGAAGCAAUCAACGUAGAGCUUUGCACAAUCGGCGCCUUUUCCGCACAAGCAGGGGAUACUACGGCGUCGGUCAUAGGGCAGUUGAGGCGGGAGAUAUGUGCUACGUUUUCAGGGGGGCGAAUGUGCCGUUGGUCGUUCGAAAGGUGAUGGCAGACAGCAACGCGGGAGAGACGACAGCAGCUGCUUCAGAUCAUUACGUGCUUAUCGGCGAGGCGUAUAUCCAAGGGAUUAUGAGAGGAGAGUUGUUUCUGGAUGCAGAGGCGGCAGAGGCACUCGAGGAAGCUGUUGUCCUCGUGUAA